UGACCGUCCGGAGGUCCGCAGACCAGAGGGCGUUCAGCGGGCUGUCGGUCGGAUCUGUAGCGGACCGCGGCGGACCUGGACCGGCAGGCUGUGAGGAUUGACCCGCUGUCCGCUCGGCUCGGCUCGGUUCGGCUCCCCGGAGCCCCGCACGGAGCCACGCUGGAAGCUCCCGGAGAAGCGCGGAUAUCCACGCGCCAUGGAUGCUUCGUGACCCGCGGCAGGUGCGAGGAGAUGGCGGGAGAGCCGCCGGCGGCCACCGGCCGGGUGGUGCUGGUCAAGAAGAUCAUCAUGAAGGACGGAGCCGCGCAGCAGCAGGGCAUCGGCAGGCCCAGUGUGUACCACGCCGUGGUGGUGAUCUUCCUGGAGUUCUUCGCCUGGGGCCUGCUGACCACGCCCAUGCUCACGGUUCUGCAUGAAACCUUCCCUCAGCACACCUUCCUGAUGAACGGACUGAUUCAGGGAGUGAAGGGCCUGCUGUCCUUCAUGUCGGCCCCUCUGAUUGGAGCCCUGUCGGACGUGUGGGGCCGGCGCUCCUUCCUACUGGUCACCGUCUUCUUCACGUGCGCGCCCAUCCCUCUGAUGAGGCUCAGCCCCUGGUGGUACUUCGCCAUGAUCUCCAUGUCGGGAGCCUUCUCCGUCACCUUCUCCGUCAUCUUCGCCUACGUGGCCGACGUGACGGACGAGCGGGAGAGGAGCACGGCGUACGGACUGGUGUCGGCCACCUUCGCCGCCAGCCUGGUGACCAGCCCGGCCAUCGGAGCCUACCUGUCCGCCUGGUACGGGGACAACCUGGUGGUGCUGGUGGCCACGCUCAUCGCCCUGGCCGACAUCUGCUUCAUCCUGCUGGCCGUGCCCGAGUCCCUGCCCGACAAGAUGAGGCUCAACACGUGGGGCGCCCCCAUCUCCUGGGAGCAGGCCGACCCCUUCGCGUCUCUGAGGAAGGUGGGCCAGGACUCCACAGUCCUGCUGAUCUGCAUCACCGUGUUCCUGUCCUACCUGCCCGAGGCCGGGCAGUACUCCAGCUUCUUCCUCUACCUGAGACAGGUCAUCAACUUCUCCUCCACCACCAUCGCCGUGUUCAUCGGAGUGGUGGGGAUUCUGUCCAUCGUGGCUCAGACGCUCUUCCUCACGCUGCUCAUGAGAACUCUGGGGAACAAGAACACGGUCCUGCUGGGUCUGGGCUUCCAGAUCCUCCAGCUGGCCUGGUACGGCUUCGGCUCCGAGCCCUGGAUGAUGUGGGCAGCUGGUGCGGUUGCAGCCAUGUCCUCCAUCACCUUCCCUGCAGUCUCUGCUCUGGUGUCACAGUCAGCUGAUCCUGAUAAACAAGGGGUGGUGCAGGGGAUGAUCACGGGGAUCCGGGGCCUGUGUAACGGUCUGGGCCCGGCUCUGUACGGAUUCAUCUUCUUCCUGUUCAACGUGGAGCUGAACACCAUGGACCCCAUCCAGGGGGACUACAACAUCGACCCCAUCCCUCUGCAGAGCCCCACCGAGCGGGCGCUCAUCCCCGGCCCCCCCUUCCUGCUGGGGGCGUGCACCGUGGUCGUGGCCUUCCUGGUGGCGCUCUUCAUCCCCGAGAAGCGCUCCUGCUCCUCCUCCUCCUCCCAGCUGUCGCUCAGCGACAAGCCCCGCCCCGACAGCAAGGAGCCCAUGUCCUCGCUGGCCGGCGUGCACAUCAACACGCCGCUGCCGGGCGGCGACGAGGACAGCCCCCCCGCCGCCAGCGACGAGGACUUCGAGCCGCUGCUGCAGGACAGCAUCGUCUGACGGGCGGGGGCGGGGCUCGCUCUGGGACGCUUUCAGAGGAACCGGAUCGAGGGAGGGUUUCAGUGCCGGACUGGGUGAACUUUGACGGUAAGAGGGCGCGAUUGACGGCCUCACGCUCCACCGCGGGGGCGGGGCUAACGCCUUGUUCCACCGCCUGAGGAGGCGGGGCCAGCGUUUGGAGGCGGGGCCGGUGGGAAGCCGGCCCGGCUGAAGGGAGCGUGAGCGGAGGAUUACCCAUCGUCUUCAGGCUUGAAGUUGCUGAUUGUUUUUGUGAUUCACAGGAAAAGGCGUCUGGACCUUUUCAAGCCGCGUCUCAUUCGGUUCUUGUACAAAGAAAAUCAUCCGUGCAGCAUUUUCAUGGCAGCCAAACUAUCGGUGUUUGAUUUCUACUGUUUUUCUCGGUGUUGUUAAAGAGUUUUUCAGUUACUUUUUCCCGUUUUUGGGGGAAAAAAAAGAUUUUUAUGAUUUUUAAAUAUAUACUUAAGUAUUUUUCCUGCUUUUGAAGCUAAAAGAUGAGUGAAGAACCUCGAAUCCACCACGAUCAGCUCCGAUCUCACGUCACAGAACAAGAUAGAAGAAAUAGGAAGUGUGUUGGGAACAGAUCCAACACGUAUUUUUUUGUAUGUAAGAAGUGUAACCGAGUAGUAUUUUUCAGUAACGUUAAUCACACUGUCUAUAACCUGAAGGAAAAAAACAAAAAACAGGCUACGUGCACUUUUUUUUAAAUAAUAAGCUAUGUCCUCUCAUAAGAAAAUACAUUUAAAUAUGUUUCAUUUACAAAUAAAUUCAAGUAAAUUUCACCAAAAUCAACCCGUAUUAAAGAGAACUGAACCACCUCGCCAGAUUUAAGUCCUCGUUCACACUACCUCAAAUCAGCUUUUUUUUUUUUUGAAUCUCUAUCAACUUGAAUUGACUUAUCUUCUGUCAUUCUCUUUUAUUUUUUUAUAUCAAAGUCACUUUAUUGAAAAAGUGCUGCUGACCGAGGGAAAUCCUCACGUUCUUACAGUGGCUGGGAAAAGUGGGAAAACGCUGCUUUCUGCUUGAAAUGGUCACGAAGUGAGAUCUGAUGGACAUCGGAGUCACCGGUGUUUUAAAUACCAGCCUGCAGAUCUCCUCUGAUCUGAUCUGAUUCCAGGUGAAUUCAUCCGCACAGGGCUGAUACCUCCUCCCACAGCCUGCUGGGAGCUCCCAGAACACACAGCAGCAGGAAGUGUUCCCAUGCUGAGGCACGGCGGUGGGAGCAUCAUGGUUUUGGGCUGCUUUGAGAGGACUUCGAUGCCUCUCAGACUAGAAUUUUUGACCAUUUCAGACAUUUUAAAGGUGCACAACAUUUUCCAGACACUGUAUAUGUAAAAUAAAGUUACUUUUCCAGCUGGGGAUUACUGAGGAUGGUCCCAGUUGGGGGCCCGGCUCAGUUAAUCCAGUGUAGCUCUUCCCCUCCAGACUGUUGCUGAGGCGAGCCUCUCCCCUGACAGCAGCUGGACGCAGCAGAUCCAGCCCGACGUGGACAUGUGGAGAAUGUGUAUGACACUCUGGUGUGUGUAGAAUGUGAGUGAGGUGUGCAGUGGGCCUGCUGAUCAGAUCCGUCGGUCCGGGACUCAGACCCGAACCCGGUCCCGUUUUUCCUGGUACUCACAGCUGCGUUUUGGGGAAAUGCACAUUUAGCAUCUGACAUGAAAACGGUGGCAUCUAAACCCUUCAAGUCCACCACAUUCCCACCUUUUGGUGACGUUUCAAGAGUGUUUUUUUUAAAUAUAUUGAUUAUGUCUGGAAUGUGGAUUUUAAAAAUGCUAACAAAUAUCUAAUACAGCUAUUUUUUAUUACCUGUAAUUCUAGGAUUUUUUUUGUAAAUAAUUAACCAAAUCUCAUCUGACGAUUGAAGCUUGACCCAAUUUGAUGAAUAUUCUCAGAAUCAUGAGGAUAUGUAUGUAAACAGCUUUUUUUCUUUUUUUUUUACAACACCUGGUGAAAGUGAAUCAUGUAAAUAAUGUGGAGGGACUGAAUGUCUACAUGUGAAGAAAUACAAGGAGGGUUCGCUGUAAAUACGUUGUCAAAUGUCUCGUCUGGACGUAAACCAGCCAACUGUUGGUUACUGGAAAUUAAAAUGGUUAAAACACUUGAAA